AUGGUUGUGUACUAUCCGAAAAAUAAUACUAUUUAUAUUGACUUGACUCAAACUACAAACUAUUCUAUUGAAAAUGCUCUAGAACAUAUUCCCAUUUGCAAUUCUGAUGAUCGAUUUCGUCAACGAUGUUUACUCACAGCACUUCAUGCAUGGACAGAUUUUGCUCAUGAACAUAAAAUACAGUAUUGGAUAGCAUAUGGAACACUUAUUGGUUAUGUACAACGUGAUGGUUUAUUACCACACGAUUAUGAUAUUGAUAUCUUAAUGUUAGCACAAGACACACAAUAUCUGGUUCCAUUCGCAGACAUUAAUUUUUCAUCAGCCUAUGAACUUAAAGUUCAUCCACAAUGGUCAACUGUUGGAUAUGCAAAUCGUUCUUAUUUUCCCUUAGAAGGUUUUACUUUCGUAGCACCUAAUGCUCGAUUUAUAGAUAGAAAAUUUCGAUGUUAUGUAGAAAUAUGGCCUACGUACGAUUUUCAUCCUGAUGAUCCAACAAAUAUAACAUAUCUGAAGAAAACUCUUACUGACUAUGAUCGAACAUUCAACUGGACAUCUUCUCCAAUACAAUGGACAUUUCCAUUACAAUCUUGCAUAUUUAGUGGAGUAAAAGUUUGGUGUCCAGCAAUGCCUGAACGAUUAGUAACAAUGGGUGAUUAUGGUGAUGUAUCUGAUCGAAUCAAAAUUCGUGAACGUCUUCAGUGUAAAUCAUUCAAAUGGUUUCUUGAGAAUGUCUAUCCUGAACAGUUUCUUCCAGAUGAAAGUUUAUAUUUUGGUGAGAUUCGAAGUCGUGCAAAAACAAGUGUGUGCAUUGAUUCACAAGAACUUGAAGAUGGUGAUAAAUCUAUUAUUGGUUAUCCAUGUCAUGGUCAAGGUGGAAAUCAAUAUUUUCUUAUGUCAAAAGCAUUCGAGAUUCGUCGCGAAGAAAAAUGUUUAGAUUAUGCUGGUGGACAAGGUGAAUUAAAGAAACCAGGAAAAGUUGUCUCAUUCACUUGUCAUUCAGAGCAAGGAAAUCAAAUGUGGAAAUAUGAAGAUGAUAUGUUGAGACAUGCAUCAGGUUUUUGUGUUGAAUUAUCACAAGGAAAUGAUAAAGAUGUGUUUAUGUCAAAUUGUGAAGCAACAAAUCAAUAUCAAAAAUGGUUUUGGAAGAAGCGUUUAAAUAAUUCAACAAACACAUAA